AUGGGCGACACAGGGCCCGUCGUUAGAUUCGUGCGGGAAGAAGCCCCGAAUGUCCAUCCCGCAUUCACGACGCCGACGAAUUAUGAUGACCAAAGGGGUAUCUUCGAGCCAAAGAAGGCUGCAUUCGACUUGGAAGAUGCGCUCGUACGAUACCAGGAGCUUGGGUGUAGCCCGGCGCUCAAGUUCGACCCGAAGAACUGUACAUGGAACGACUUCUUUGAGCAGCUUUCAGAUACCAAGGUAGCGUACGAAGCCAAGGCAGUGGGAUGGAAGGGAUCGCUACACAAGGUAGCAAGAAAAGCAGGAGACAAGGCCGAUCUGAUUGCGCCGGGGCUCCAACUGCUCCCCGAAAAGUACGGGCUUUCGAUUGUACGGGCAGCCUUAGGGUGGAUGCUAGUGCUCGCCAAGGAGUCCGCGAAGAAAAGGGAGGCCAUUUUUGAGGCGUUUAAAGACAUCCCUGGCAUCAUCUGGAUGGCAGAGGCCAAGAGGAAUAAUUUCCCUAAGGACACUCAAUUGAAAAUCCUGGCAGAUGAGCUCAACGAUACAAUUCUCGAUUCCACGAACAAAAUGAUUCGAUAUCUUCUGCCGAAGCACCAGGUUGCCAAAAUAUUCCCUGUGUUACCAGGCGCGCCCUCGGGCUCGGAAGUGGAUCAGCUUAUCGCAAAGGUGAGGAGAGCCGCAGCGAAUCUAACUCGACGCACAGAUCUCCUCGUCGAGGGGACCAUCGUAGCAACGAGACGGCUGGCGGAAAAGAGCAUCCUGGAGCAUGAAGCAACGCGACAAAACACCAUGUCGACAUUGAUCGAGGCAAGGGGCAUCAGCCAACAGGUCUUGGAAAUGAGCGAAGCUGUUAAGCCGCUCCCAGGCCAAAUUAAAGAGCUCCAACAUACGGUCGAGGAGCUUAAGGAUAAGAUGUCACAUCUUGAACGCGAGGCCGUCAACGCGCUGACGAGCAUGGCAAACCACGCGGGAGUGGAUGCUCAAAAUUGGACGAAGAGACUGCUAGAUGAGAUUUGGCAGGGCGUCGAGGCCAGAAUGCGCAUCAUGGCCAACGAAGCACAAAAGCGAGAGCAGCGUCUGCUCAUGGUAAUGCAGGACCUUGAGACGGAAAUAGAAAGGGCGAGGACGCCACAGCUGCCCUCAAAUGCUACUCUAUCUACUUCGGAAAUUCUAGGUAUUCUAGCGGUUUCCCCGGAGAGAAUCACGGCAGAUUUAAAGCUUAUCAUUCAGGGAUCAGCCCUUCUCGACCCAGCCAGCCAGCUUGAAGCCCAAUCCCUUCUCAAUAUCGACCGUUUCUGGCAGUGGUUCUCGUCAGCAUCGUCGGACUUGCUGUUUGUACACGGCAGCCUCGUAGACGAUCCAACGGAAGCUCGCAUCUCGCCAAUUUCCCCGGUUUGCGCGACGAUGGUUGCCGCUAUCAUCAAGACUCACCCAUCAGCGGUUUCCCUUUACUUUUUCUGCGGAUUUCAUAUGGACUUUGGGGAUAACCUAAAGGGCCCCCAGGGGUUGAUGAGGUGCUUAAUCUCUAAACUCUUGGUAGAAGCUUCGACUCGCCACCCAAUGGGAUUAACUUACGACUUCGCUGACCUCUCUUCCACCGAUGGACUUCGCCAUCACGACAUGUCAGAGCUAUGCUCAUUAUUCCGCAGAAUAAUCAUGCAACUCCCUCGAGAUGCGAUCGUGUACUGUAUCAUCGAUGGUGUGUCAUGGUAUGAGCGUCUCGAGAUGCUGGAGGACAUAUUCCUCGUCAUGCAAACCUUGUCUGGCCUGGUGGAUGAUCCAUACCUACGACCAGCCCUGAAGGUACUUCUGACAAGUCCGUUUCCGUCAAAGAGAAUCGCUCCUGGAAUACCAACGCAAAGACGCGUUUUCCUACGACCCAUGGCAAUUGCCAAUGAGGUGGUCUCGGAAAGAAUGAUUUUUGCAAACUUGACAUCGCGUGCGCGGCAAGUCCCUGCGUACGCAACAGCAAACAGCACCGCGCCAGGGACCGCAGCCGUUGCUCUCGAGGAGGAAAGGACAGCCGAAGACUAUUUAUAG